AUGUCUCACAGCGAUACAAUUCCCUUACACUCCACGUCCCAAUCGGACAUCGACGAGAUCGAGAACCUCAUCAACACCCAUUCCUCCUCCGUCCUCCCCGCCCGCCCCCCGUCCCCUCCACGCGCCUCCAUUCCCAUCUCUUCAGCCCCAAAUCCGCCACCUGCCUUCAUUCCAUCCAAUCUUCCCACUCCUACCAACCCCAAUACGACACCUGUUCCUCCAGUAUCCUCCGCUGCUCCUAAACCCCCUCUGCCGCCCCGCGCUUCCGGACCGAGUGGCAAUAUUUCCGCGUCCGGGUUCGGAUCGCCUCCAAACACGCUAACGGAACCCGUUUGGGAUACUGUGAAGCGGGAUCUGUCAAGGAUCGUGAGCAAUUUGAAGCUGGUUGUUUUUCCCAACCCAUUUAGAGAGGAUCCUGGCAAGGCUUUGAGGGAUUGGGAUCUAUGGGGGCCCUUCUUCUUCAUUGUGUUCCUUGGCCUCACUCUCUCCUGGUCCGCCUCCGUCAAGAAGUCUGAAGUUUUCGCAGUUGCAUUUGCACUGCUUGCAGCUGGUGCCGUAAUUCUAACCUUGAAUGUAUUGCUGCUGGGAGGUCAUAUUAUCUUCUUCCAGAGCCUGAGUCUUCUAGGCUACUGUCUAUUCCCUCUAGACAUCGGUGCCUUAAUUUGUAUGUUAAAAGACAAUGUGAUCGUCAAAGUGAUCGUGGUUGCUGUGACAUUGGCGUGGAGCUCGUGGGCUGCAUAUCCAUUCAUUAGUAGUGCUGUCAAUCCAAGGAGGAAAGCUCUCGCGCUUUAUCCUGUCUUGCUUAUGUACGUAUCUGUCGGUUUUCUUAUCAUAGCCAUAGACUGA